CACAACAUUCGCGAUGAAGAAGUUCACUUUCAAGGGCGUGUUGGACGGCUUCCGCAGCUCGGUGCAGCCGACGCCGCGAGGCACGGAGCAGGAGAUCCAGGAGACGCUGCGACCGGAUCACUUCCAGAUUAAAAAGACGUUUCGUCAUGGUUUCCCAUUCGCCCCCACGGCACUCGCCUGGGACCCGAUACAGAAGCUCCUAGCCAUCGGAGACAAAAGUGGAAAUCUAAGAAUUCUCGGUGGCCCUGGAGUGGAUGCACAUGUCCGCCACGAGUCCGGGGAGGCCGUGCUGCACGCCAAGUUCGUCAUCAACGAGGGCGCCCUCGUCACGGCCACCGCAGACGACCAGCUCAACCUCUGGACCUUCCGGCAGAAGUUCCCGCAGAGGGUGCAGGCGCUCAAGUUCCAGAGAGAACGGAUCACGUGUCUCCACCUGCCUCUUCAGUCCAAAUGGAUCCACGUGGGCACGGAGCGGGGGAACGUCCACGUCGUCAACAUAGAGACCUUCGCGCUCAGCGGCUACGUCAUCAACUGGAACAAGGCUAUAGAAGUAACAAGAGCAGUCCACCCUGGUGCUGUUGUGGACUUGAGUGAAAACCCUAUUGAUGCGAGCAAGCUAGUGAUAGCAUUUGAGACCGGCUUGGUGGUUGUGUGGGAUCUGCGAGCGCGCGCCGCCGAGUGGCGAGGCUCGCUCGGCACCGGCGGGCCAGGUGAUGGGGUCCGAGCGGCCGCCUGGCAACACGACGGGAAGCUCAUGACGGCUCAUGCAGACGGAGCACUGGCCACCUGGAGCACACGCUCGCCGAGACCCACCUCGUUGUCCUAUCCUCAUGCGAAAGCGAACAAGGAGGGGAAACCGGAGCCAUGUAAACCGAUCCACAGAUUGGAAUGGAAGACUUCGAGGACGGGCGAGAGUCUGGUGAUUUUCUCUGGUGGCCUGCCGACGGACAAGGCGGGCCGCACGCACAGCAUCACGGUCCUCAACGGGAAGAGCACCACCGUCUUAGAGAUGGAACACACCGUCGUCGACUUCGUCACGCUCUGUGAGAGUCCACACGCUGCUGACUACCAGGAGCCAUACGCCAUCGUGGUCCUCCUCCAAAAUGACCUGGUGGUCAUCGACCUGCUCUCCCCCGGCUACCCCUGCUUCGAGAAUCCCUACCCCAUGGACAUACACGAGUCUUCAGUUACCUGCUGCUACUACUUCGCUGAUUGUCCUUCAGAUUUGAUCCCAGCAUUCUACUCAGUGGGUCGUCAAGGUAACAAGAAGACGGCCGGCUUCAGUGACAAACUGUGGCCCAUCAACGGCGGGGAGUGGGCUCCGGCCUCCUGCUCCUACAGCGAGAUCAUACUGACCGGGCACGCUGACGGCAGUAUCAAGUUCUGGGACGCGAGCGCGGGGACCUUACAAAUAUUAUAUAAACUGAAAUGCUCCAAAGUGUUUGAGCGUCGUGGGGGUUACGAGGAGGAGUCCCCGCUGUGCGUGUCUGCGGCGUCCCUGUGCGCGGAGUCUCGGCGGCUGGCGGUGGCUCUCCCUCACGGACACGUGGUGCUGUUCAAGUUCAGGAAGACGGAGAUGCACGCGGAGACUCAUGUCAUAGAGAUACCUGUCAUCAGUGACUCGGUCGAGGAGGAGACGUCUCCAGAAGUGGAGAACAGUCGCUCGUGUUCCUUCAGCCGCGCCUCCGACUCCGCAGAAGGAGACGGGAAGAAGUCGGGUGGAUGGGCGGGCGCAGGGCUCCGUGUGCGGGGGUCCACGGGCACGGGCGGGUCGCGGCGGGCCCCCGGCUUCCAAGCCGCGCUGGUGGCGCUGCAGCACGGCCCGCCCCACCCUGUCACCACACUCACCAUCAACUCGUCGUAUGGCCUUAUGGCGUGGGGCGGGGAGCGCGGCCUGGUGGUCGUGGACGUAUGGCGUCGUUGUGUGGUGGCAGCUCUGCCCGCGCACGCUCUCUACCUGCCCCACCCCGACCAACACACACACCUCCGUCACGACAGGCGCUCGCCCGACCUAGACCAGCUGGAGGAGUCACCAUCCAGUCCGGACGCCGUCGAGGAAGCUUUUCCCGAUCCUAAGCUCGACAUGAGACGAAAAUCCACCCCCUGGAAGAACUUCAAUCUGAAACGACAACUCUCGAAAGUAGAUCUUAAGUUCAAAGCUGCGUUUGCAGCUCCAGAGAACGAAGAUAAUAAUGAAAAAGGCAAUUCACAAUUCUACUGUGAGCCGUCCGCGCCGACACAAGUCAGCUCAGACCGGACUGAAGCAAUGAAUACGGAUUCACCAGACGAAGUCGAAACCGGUGUUAAAGUGACAGAAGAAGAUAAGAGCCAGCUGUCUUCCCCGCUACGCGUUUGCUCGGACGUGUUCGAGAGAAUGCAUAAAGAGUUGCAGGAGAGAUGGCAGGACAAAGAGAGGAAUGAGGACACUCCAGAUAUAUCACCAUCUCGAUUAGGAGAAGAAGAAAAAGCCACGAGACCGGAUAACCUUCCUCUGUUCGACGAAGACGGCAAACCUUUGCGGCCGCCCCGAGGCAAAAGUAGGAGAAAAGAGGAGACGAGAGAUCAAAGAGAUCAAAGACUCCUCUCGGUGCCUAAUAUAAAGUACACUAAGCAAGAGUCAGUGAAGGAUCUGCGCAAGAAACAGGCCGCGGCUCAGCAACCGCAGUCGUUUGCCGGCAACCUGAUGCGUCGUUUCAGAGAUUUAGUAGGGAGACUAUGCCCAAGAAAUGAGCAAAGUACGGAAGAAGAGACAAUCGAGCGAGUGAUAGAAGUACCCACCAGAAUAGACAAGCUGGACAGCUCGUUUUCAAGAUCGCGAUCCAGCAGCAUGUCAAGCUUGGAGAAUAUCUCUCAAGAAGGAAUUCAGUGUCUAGCGUUUGCCGAUAGUUACACUAAAAAGUCUGAUCCUUCAACGCUACUACCAACUCUCUGGAUCGGUACUACUCUAGGUUCCGUUCUCACCAUGAUGAUCAGUCUACCGGAAGCCGACAUGCGUCACACACAACCCGUGGUCGUCUCCACCAGCGGUGGUCCUAUAUUUAGGCUAAAGGGUUCAAUAUUGGCAAUGUCCUUCUUGGAUUGUAACGGUGCUUUAAUCCCAUAUUCCUACGAGAGUUGGAAGGACGAUAGCAAAGACGUUCGUGACCGUCGCGAACGGACUCCUACCAAACAGAGCUCGUCGGGAAGUAGCAGCCACGUGAGUCCCACGCCCGGCGCAGAGGCGGCGGCCGACAGACAAUUCGUAGUCAUCGCGUCUGAGAAACAGGCCCGGGUCGUCGCGUUGCCUAGUCAAAACUGCGUCUAUCGACAGCAAAUUGUAGAUACUGAUUUCGUAGUGAAGUCUGAGAUAGUCAGUCUUAAAGACAGCGUCUGUCUUGUAAACUAUCUUUCCACGGGCCACCUGGCGGCCUACAGUCUGCCGUCACUUCGCCCGCUGGUGCACGCAGACUUCCUCCCGUUGACAGAGCUGAGCUUCCAGACACAGUCCAAACAGAGGGGUAUCGUAGACCCAAUGCUCUCCAUUUGGGGCCAACAACUGAUAGUUAACGAGGACACGGAUCAAAUAGCAAAGACGUUUUGCUUCAGUAACCGCGGCCACGGGCUGUACCUGGCGUCGCCGACGGAAAUACAAAAGUUUACCUUAGAUACAGAAUUCUGUCAACAGCUGAAUGAGAUGAUAGGUGAACUGUUUCUUCCUCGAGACAUGCCCGAAGCGCCGAAAGAGAGCUUCUUCCGCGGUCUUUUCGGCGGAGGCUCCAGACCCCUAGACCGGGAGGAACUCUUCGGAGAGAGCAGCGGUAAACCGAGCCGCGCAGUCGCUAAACACAUUCCAGGCCCGGCGGGGAUGGAGGCUCUGGGAGCCCGCGCCGGCGCCGCCUGCAGCGAGGUGUCUCGAGCGCAUCAGCUGGUCGUGGAGCGCGGGGACAAGCUGUCGCAGCUGGAAGACCGUGCCGAACGAAUGCACUCCCAAGCCUCCGAGUUCUCCUCCUCGGCGCACCAACUGAUGCUGAAAUACAAGGACAAAAAGUGGUACCAGCUGUGAGCGCCCCGUCUCCAGGCGACGGUCGAGCGCUCGCGUCGGACGGGCUCGUAGUCGGACCGCGCUCGUGUCGUUCAAUUAUCUCUGUGCCUCAUCCUACUUCUCUUCGCUCCCUUGUCACACCGCCGAUGUUCGACUCGAGGGUCCGACGGCGCAUUCUCCUGUCCGAGCCCUCCCCCUCCCCGGGUGUCAUCGCACAGCGGGAGCAGGCCGCGGAGUCGUGUCGCUCGCGUGUACAUAUUUCGUGCGUUCGUAGUCCCGCCCUUCGCCAUGUGAUAAUGUAAAUAAUAUAUGAUUACUAUACUUAAUCUUUUUAUACAAUGAACCUUAUAUGAAAGUAGUCACUUCUCCGUAUCGCACUCUUAACGUCUCCAUCAGACGCUCGUCUCGUCCCGCCGGACGCGUCCUAGAGCGACUGGAGCCACCAGACGUCUGUUUAAGCACGAGCUGCAUAUCCAGGACAAGGGAUUGUACUCUGCGUUUGAGUUACUGGACAUUUCUAAAGUUACGUUGUAGUAUCGAUUACUAUGAGAUUAAUUAAAGUGGCGACUUGACCGUCGAGUAAGUAGAUGUAACCGAUAGAGGUAGGCAACGUGAAGACGCGGACUGUAGCGAUUGUGGAUGCUGUUGAUCUGUAAAUAGUUAACGUAACCUUAAUAUUACGAACUUAAAAAGAUGAAAACUGAAGCAUUGGAUGACAAUAAUUUUGUUACUCUUCAAAAGACGUUUUCUUUCCCACCGCCUGGUGCUUCCGUUCGUGUUAAACGAUCCCUCACUACCUGAACACGUCGGCCACGUAGCGUUCGACUCCUCACUUUUGUUUUUAACUUCGACCCGUUCCCCGACCUUAUUUCGAAGCUGUCUCUCUUCCUUCCCUAUACAGAUCUAUAUUUUUGAAUGUUGUACGAUUAUAAAUUUUAUCGUGUAGGCUGAGUGCGGGUGAGGCUGAUGAAUGAGGGUGCCACCCUCUCACAAUGAUAGCAAUACAAGGUGCGGGAGACCGCGGCUGACCAAUCGGUGUCGUGUCGAUGUUGUUACUUAACUGUUACCUGAUAGAGAAGAAUAAAGAAAUAUGUAAUAUAAGAUGUAAAGUAUUCGGUGAGUUGCGAGCGAGGACGAGCUUGUGGUUGCGGCUUGCCUCAGUACCCCGCACGCUAGUCGGCUCGGGUUCCCUCGCGCACCCCAUCAAGCUGUUGUACAAAUCAACGCGGCGCUUUAUGUAACGGUGCGCCGUAUCGUAUCGUCUCCGUGUCCGUCACGUGCGGUCGAAACAAACGCUCAAAGCUUAGCUCGUCUGCGAAUCCUAGCUUCGACUUUCGUAGUGAGUAGUGUUGCUAGUUUUAUUUAUGAAUGUUGGAUGCCAAAGCUGUCUACUAUUUUGGAGCUCUGUUUUAUAUGUCUACUUGAAGCGUCACCUCUUUAUCAUUUUAGAAUAUGUUGUACUUCGUUUAGUCAUCUUGUGAUUGUGACAACUCGGCGUAGAUCGGACCUAUAGUCGAUUAAAAUGUUAAAGGCUUAUAUAUAUUUAUGAUUCUAAGGAACUAAAAGUUACUUCAAAUGAAGCACGCCGACACUAAAGUCUCCAUGACUGCUCAUAAUCUUAACGGUGACGUGUGCAGCCGAGUUACUGUGAAUGGAAGGUGUCUUUAAGAUAAUACAUGGUGAAGUUUACUUAUAACCAGAUUAUUUUGGUACGUAGCACUUUUUAAAACCGAAGAAUAUUUUCCUAUGUGUAUUAGCGAUCACGGCGGAGGUCAGCGACCUCUAAUAUAUUGAAUUAGUUGUUAUCUACCAUAUAAUAAAAACAGUAGAAAUUUUAUAUUAUUUUAAAUAUUGUUUAAUAUUUGAUGUUUAAAAUUAAAUGAUGUGAUAAGUUCCUUUACGAUAAAUUAUGUCAAGUUUGUUGGAAAUUGAAUAUUUUAUAAUCAAAGUAUAUGAUACAAGUGCAUGUUACAUUUGUUGAGUGAGGCCUGCAGUAAGCUCGUCUCGACCGCCUUACAUUGGUCGACACUCUGUUUGUCCCGUCGCAGCACGAUAUAGUCAAACGUAAUUACUGUCCUAUCGGUAUCAAUACAAUAUCAAUUCCCCAAUGUAAGGUAGUAGAGACUCGUCCGCCGCCUCCGCGCCGCUCCCCCUCACUGGCCAUGUUAAGUUUUGUCAGGUCUAUCCGUUGUUACGGCGCUCUCCGCCCGCUGCUCGAACGUAACGCAUGCGCUUACUUACCUACAACACGAUCCUAACUAAAGGUUCCCAUGAACGAUGGUCGAUUCGGAAAUUGUGGGACUAAAUUAAUGUAAGAUUUGUAAAUAAAUAAUUACCAAAACUUGUGGCAAAUUAUUAGUUGUUAAAAUUUAAUGAUCGUAGUUCCGUUGAAAGUUAUUUUUUUGGUAGACGAAUGUUUCGUUCGUUGCGUUCGUUGAGGCGGGAGUCGUUACUAACUUUACAACUGUAUAUAAGGUAUGCUGUUGACAUAUAUAAUAUUAUUUAGAUUAGACGAUAGAUGAUCAUAGUCAUUAUAUAAAAAUACAAGAAAAAUAAAAUUAUAUCAAAUCGA